GUGCGGUCUGUGGGUAGGAGGAGGGGGGGUCCCCUCUGCCUCAUUCCCUCGGCACCCGGGAUCGCUGACACCUCGCUCCUGCCCGCCCAGAGCCGCCGCUGCCAUGCCGGUGACAGUGACAGUGACACUGCCCGGCCCGGCCCCGUGGGGCUUCCGCAUCUCCGGGGGCAGAGAUUUCAGGAAGCCCAUCACCGUCUCCAAGGUGACGGAGCACGGGAAGGCGGCCGCGGGUGAUCUCCGGCCGGGGGAUGUCAUUGUCACCAUCAAUGGGGAGAGCACGGCUGAGAUGCUCAACGUGGAAGCGCAGAACAAGAUCAAGCAGAGCCCGGGGCAGCUCCGGCUGGAGGUGGAGAGGUCCCCAGUGCCAUAUCCCAGCCACACCAACGGGGACGCCUCGCUGGAGGGGUUGGCCACGCGUUUCCAGGACACGCUGCAGAUGCCGAGUGAGAGCCAAAGUGCCCUGAGGACCCUCGACCCCAGCGUGGCAUCCCUCAGUGCCAGCUCACAGCCCUUGGAGCAGGAGCUCACCUGUCCCGGCCUCCCCCAGGAGCGACGCCUGAGCCGCCAGAGCAGCUCCCAGGGGCCCGUCCUGCCUCCCCCACCCCGGCCACCCUCACCGGAGCUCGGAGCCCCCCAAACCCCGUGGGCAGCCCCCGGGGGGAGGCGCCUCUCGUCCCCCUGCGCCAGCACCUGCCUCAGCCAGGGCUCGGAGCCGGCCAUGAGGCGCUUGGAGGAGGACUCGGAGGUUUACAAGAUGCUGCAGGAGAACCGGGAGCUGCGGGCGGCCCCGCGGCAAUCCAGCACCUUCCGCCUGCUCCAGGAGGCGCUGGAGGAUGAGGAAGGAGGAGGUCCCGCAGGGCCCUUCCCCAGCCGCCUCUCGGCCGGGGCCCGCAGGCCCGUGGCCGGGGUGCAGAAGCUGCACGUCUGUGAGAAGUGCGGGAGCAGCAUCGCGACACAGGCGGUGCGGAUCCAGGACGGCCGCUACCGGCACCCGUCCUGCUACACCUGCGCCGACUGCGGCCUCAGCCUGAAGAUGCGCGGCCACUUCUGGGUGGGGGACGAGCUGUUCUGCGAGAAACACGCCCGCCUGCGCUACCAGGGCCCCCCGGGGGCGCCCGUGCCCCGGCCCGUGUCCCCCCCCGUGUCCCCCCGCUCCUGAGCCCCGGCGGGGUCACCCCGGGGCUGUCCCACCCCACCGGGCUGGGGAUGGAUGGGAUUUGGGGGGGAUGCGCUGCCGCCGCCCAUCUUCAC